AUGAAGAUGAAGUGCAGCACCGAUUUUCUUCGUAGUGACCGAAGUAGCUCUGGAGAGAUGCUAGGGAUAAAUUCAGGAAUAUUUGGCAUUCUAUUAAAACCUGUCCACGAUUCUCUAUCCAGAGACAAAUUCAAACGAAAAACGACAAAUCAGUACAUUGACGAAACCAGACUAGGCAUCAGCUGCAUGGGCGUGACUUCACGAAACUUAGAUGGUAAAGCGUGGAACCUCAAAGCGCACUCUCUUCAGCUGCAGCCUCCAUCCUCCAAAAUGUCGUAA